GCCUGUUUAUUUGGGGGGAGGGGAGCGUGCGAUUUGUAGCUAAGUUAUUACGCUUCUCUUUCCCCCGCCCCUCAGGUCUUUGGCACUCUAGACUGUUACAUACCUAAUCUUUGCACUGGUGAGCACAGACUUCAGUCAUCUUUAAUCUCGACUAAAAUAUAAAUGGAGAUAAAUGUCACUGUGGGAGUGUGUGGAUCUGUGUGUUUGCCCAAGUCUAUCAAAGGAGCCAGAUCGGAGGCUGGAGCCCGGAUCCUGACCCUGAUUGUAUGAAUAAUUUAGAUGUGCUGAUGUGCAGACCGGAUUCAUCUUCCAGGAGCAGAAGUAGCAGCAGGAGCAAGAGGGGGCGGCUGCAGCAGCUCCUGGUAGAAGGGAUCAGCCCCGGAGCCUUGGCAGGAGGAUCUACGAGUAGGAGUCGGAGCAGCACCGAGCCCCCGGGGGCAUCGCCUUCCUCUAGGAGAGGCGGGAGGAGGAGGAGAAGCGGCCGCGCGAAGUUUGGCUGAGGGUUAACCCGGCUGGGAGACGUUCUGACAGGCUGCAAUCGCGGGGCGCUGCGAGGACCUGAGUUGGACUAGGACCGCCUCCUCUCCUCCUCUCCCAGCCAGUUCUUCCCGUACCUCCCCAUCCCUCCCUACCUGCCUGGCCACCCACACACGAGCUCCUUCCCAACUUCUUUUCAAAAGCGGGGUGGGGGGCGCACACAGAUAUCCCUUCUCCGUCCCCUAAUGUUUUCACUGUCUCCGUAUGUCUCCGGACACCUAGCAGUCACAGUCACGCCGAGGAGCCUCUAGGUGGAGAGGAGAAAUUGUCCUCCCCGCCCCUUUCAAUCAACGUGGAGAGUAGGCGGCUGAUCGCCUGAGUCCCUCUCCUCUUCCCCCCCCCCCUCCCCGUGAGGAGGAUGGGGAUGGAAAUGCUAUCCCAGAAGAUGGUCUUGUGGCUGAUGGCCUCGGGAUUGAUCUUCAGUGGGGAGAUGUGGAUCUCUUCUGGCUUCGAUUAUGAUUACACUUACGCUUUUCACGAAGAGGAUAAAACCGAGACGCUAGAUUAUAAGGAUCCUUGUAAAGCUGCUGUCUUUUGGGGAGAUAUUGCUUUAGACGAUGAAGACUUAAGAAACUUUCCAAUUGAUAGGACAAUUGACCUCACUCAGAACUCAUUUGAAAAGCUUGGACAUAUCACAGGUGGCCUGGGAAACCAUGGUGUGUCAAAGAAAAGAGGGGUUCUCUAUCAACUCAUAGACAGGAUAAGAAGAUUUGGCUCUGGCUUAGAACAAAACAACACAGCCAAGGCAAGAGCAUCUGUGAAAUUCUCAGGACAAAAUGAAAAAAAUAGGGUUCCCAGGGCUGCUACAUCAAGAACUGAAAGAAUAUGGCCUGGGGGUGUCAUUCCAUACCUGAUAGGAGGCAAUUUCACUGGCAGCCAGCGAGCCAUGUUCAAGCAGGCAAUGAGGCACUGGGAGAAGCACACAUGUGUAACUUUCAUUGAAAGAAGUGAUGAAGAAAGUUAUAUCGUAUUUACAUAUAGACCUUGUGGAUGCUGUUCUUAUGUGGGUCGGAGAGGCAAUGGACCUCAGGCUAUCUCUAUUGGCAAGAAUUGUGAUAAAUUUGGAAUUGUUGUCCAUGAAUUGGGCCAUGUGAUAGGUUUCUGGCAUGAACAUACACGACCAGAUCGAGAUAAGCAUGUAACCAUCAUCAGAGAGAACAUCCAGCCAGGUCAAGAGUACAACUUCCUGAAGAUGGAGCCUGGAGAAGUGAACUCCCUUGGUGAAUCAUAUGAUUUUGACAGUAUUAUGCACUAUGCCAGGAACACCUUCUCAAGGGGGAUGUUUCUAGAUACUAUUCUUCCUUCUCGUGAUGACAAUGGUAUACGUCCUGCAAUUGGUCAACGUACACGUUUGAGCAAAGGAGAUAUUGCACAGGCAAGAAAGCUGUAUAGAUGUCCAGCAUGUGGAGAAACACUUCAGGAGUCUACUGGCAACUUUUCUUCUCCGGGAUUUCCAAAUGGCUAUCCUUCCUAUACUCACUGUAUAUGGAGAAUUUCUGUGACUCCAGGGGAAAAGAUUGUCUUAAACUUUACUACAAUGGAUCUAUACAAGAGUAGUUUGUGCUGGUAUGAUUACAUUGAAGUCAGAGAUGGAUAUUGGAGAAAAUCACCUCUGCUAGGCAGGUUCUGUGGUGACAAAUUGCCUGAAGUCCUAACAUCUACUGACAGCAGGAUGUGGAUUGAGUUUCGAAGCAGCAGUAAUUGGGUAGGAAAAGGUUUUGCAGCUGUUUAUGAAGCAAUCUGUGGUGGUGAGAUCCAUAAAAAUGAAGGCCAGAUCCAGUCUCCUAAUUAUCCUGAUGACUACAGACCCAUGAAAGAAUGUGUGUGGAAAAUAAUAGCUUCAGAGAACUACAACGUUGGGUUAACCUUUCAGGCAUUUGAGAUUGAAAGACAUGACAGCUGUGCUUAUGAUUACCUGGAAAUUCGAGAUGGCUCCAGUGAAAAUAGUCCUUUGAUUGGCCAUUUUUGUGGUUAUGAUAAACCAGAAGAUAUUAGGUCGACUUCUAAUACAUUGUGGAUGAAGUUUGUUUCAGACGGAACUGUUAACAAAGCUGGAUUUGCUGCUAACUUUUUUAAAGAGGAAGAUGAAUGUGCAAAACCUGACAAUGGAGGGUGUGAACAGCGAUGUGUUAAUACUUUGGGAAGUUAUCAGUGUGCUUGUGAACCUGGCUAUGAGCUUGGACCUGAUAAAAGGAGUUGCGAAGCUGCUUGUGGAGGACUUCUGACAAAGCUCAAUGGCACCAUAACUACCCCAGGCUGGCCCAAAGAAUACCCACCCAAUAAAAACUGCAUUUGGCAGGUGGUGGCUCCAACACAGUACCGAAUUUCUAUGAAAUUUGAAUUUUUUGAACUAGAGGGCAAUGAAGUUUGUAAAUACGAUUUUGUGGAGAUCCGAAGUGGAUUGUCCUCAGACUCAAAACUGCAUGGCAAAUUUUGUGGGACAGAAGUACCAGAGGUGAUCACUUCCCAAUUCAACAAUAUGAGGAUUGAAUUCAAAUCUGACAACACCGUUUCUAAGAAGGGCUUCAAAGCUCAUUUUUUCUCAGACAAAGAUGAAUGCUCUAAGGAUAAUGGUGGAUGUCAACACGAAUGCAUCAACACUGUGGGAAGCUAUGUGUGUCAGUGCCGAAAUGGAUUUGUGCUUCAUGAGAACAAACAUGACUGUAAGGAAGCGGAGUGUGAGCAGAGGAUUCACAGUCCAAGUGGGGUCAUUACCAGUCCCAACUGGCCUGACAAGUAUCCAAGUAGGAAAGAAUGCACAUGGGAAAUCAGUGCUACUCCUGGACACCGAGUUAAACUAGCUUUCAGUGAGUUUGAGAUUGAACAGCAUCAGGAAUGUGCUUAUGAUCACUUAGAAGUGUUUGAUGGAGAAACAGAAAAAUCACCAAUUCUGGGUCGUCUGUGUGGCAAUAAGAUGCCAGAUCCCCUGAUUGCAACUGGAAAUAAGAUGUUCCUGCGCUUUGUUUCUGAUGCAUCAGUUCAAAGAAAAGGCUUCCAAGCCCGGCAUUCUACAGAAUGUGGUGGUCGACUGAAAGCUGAAUCCAAUCCAAGAGAUCUUUACUCUCAUGCUCAGUUUGGUGAUAAUAAUUAUCCUGUCCAAGUCCGUUGUGAAUGGCUACUGAUAUCGGAACGAGGAUCUUCAGUUGAAUUGAGUUUUCAGACUUUUGAGGUUGAAGAAGAAGCAGACUGUGGCUAUGACUAUGUUCAGCUUUUUGAUGGUCAUGAUUCAACAGCUCGGAAUCUUGGUCGAUUCUGUGGCUCAGGUCCACCUGAAGAAAUCUAUUCAUCAGGGGAUGCUAUUUUAAUUUAUUUCCACACUGACGAUACAAUCAACAAGAAGGGAUUCCAUAUACGAUACAAAAGCAGAAAAUAUUCAGCUACCACUCAUACCAAAAAAUAAUUCCAAAACCUCCAUGUCCAAAAGAAAAGAAGCGAGCUUGAUGGGGAGAAGUAUUCUUUUUUUUUUCCUUCUAAAGUUAUUAGCACAAAAAUUUUCUAUAAUGAGCUUGAAUCAACCAACUCCAAAAUCAGAAUUGUUUCUGUUCCCAACUUGAAGUAUUCAGGUAGCCCAGCAGAAUAGACAUGACGGUGAUUGAUGGGCUCCAUGAUUGACAAUUUCUGCAAAGUUGUUGGAAGGGCAUUGGUGUUUCCAGGAAGACUAGAAGAGCUUUCUCUUGACAUUUCUCAUGAAUGCUUGGCAACUGAAUUAUUUGCAUUCAGGAAAAGUGACCCUGCAGACUUCUUCUAAGAAUUGUUUGGUAUCAAGGAGAGGAGAAAGCGAGCAAACAAACAAAAUAAAUCACUGCAGCUCACAAACAACCCCAAAACACUGUUCUUGUAUCUUAUUCUAAUUAUUUUGGCUUUGUAUUGAGAAUACGUGCAAACCUGAAAACCAGAAACAUGAUAUAGUUUGACACAGCAAGAUCUAGUAAGGGUGGUCUGUGAGUGGCAAAAUUUAAAAAUUCAUUUCUUCAGUGUUUUGGAACUGGAAUGUGUCAGCUUCAUUUUUUUUUUCAUUUUUAUUCCAACUUAUGAUAUUUGAAAUAUAACCAAUCUUUACACCAUUUUCACAUUUCCCAAAACUUUUAUGGUAUAAUCAUUAUUGCUAAUACUCUACAAGCAUGAUUACUGUCAGUUCCCCAAAGUGCUCAGUUUAUAGGUAAAGUCAUUGCUUUAUGAAGGUAUUUUCUUCUCAUCCACCUUAAAUCCAAGAAGCCAUGUGAUGUCUUCGGAACCCAACAGGAAAUAAUUAAGCCUUGGGAGCAGGAUUCUUCAUGCUGGCUUCUCUCAUAUAGCAGCUAGUAAAGAUGUCCUCACCACUGCUUGCCUCUUCCUUUGGAACAUUUUGUGGAAAAUUGCUGUUGACAUUGUUGUAUUUGGUUUAGCUAAACAGAAAUGACACUGAGUGGUAACCAAAUGGUAGCUUCUGGACCAAUUAUAAGAUUUUCCCCCCACCCUGGGAGUGAGUAAAGAAAUUUUUUGGCGGCAAAAAUGAUCUGUUGCUGAGAGAAUUUCUAUGGUGCUAUCCCAUGAACAUUUUUUCUUUUUUGUUUCAAAUUAUAGACCUUUGAGCCAACAACCUGCAGUUCAUGAAUGUCUCCCAAUGUCUGGCUGGCUUCAUUCAGAGACUAAAGACUUGUUAAAUGUAUCAGUAGGUUCUUAUGUUGGCAGCACUGGUCCUGUGGAACAAGGACUUCUAAUGGCCUUAGAAAUCUUGCACAUGAUCAAAUAGAUCUUUCUGUAGAUACAUCUUUGAUUUGAUAAAUAAUUUUGACAAGUUGAACAUUUUAAUGUUAACACUAUGAUUUCCAAGCAAAACCAUUUCCAUGGCUAGAGCAUCUGAUGUAAAUAUGAAGGCCUGCUUUUGAUAUAGAAAUGUUAUUUUAGAUGGAAUUCUGUGCUUUGGGCCAUAUGUGAUCUUAUUGUAUAUGCUUAUGUGUGGAUGUAUGUAUGAGAGAAUGCUGCAAGGGGAUGAGAGGUGUGUGUUUGGAUAGCUCUACCUUCCAUGUCAAGUUAUACUGGAAACCCGUUUAGAGGUAGCACCUUUUCAUUGGCGGUUUCAUGGAUAAACAAUGGGGACUUUUACUCCCUACAGACUCAGUUACAAGGAAGUGUGCUGUUUUACUUAGAAGAAAUGUUAUUUUGAUACUCUGUGAUGUAGGCUGCUACCCAAAGUAGCUUAGUUUCUGUUAUUUGUCCAGGAACAUUCACUGGCACUAAUAAAUUGGGUGUUUUUUUCUUUCUUUCUUUUUUUUUUAUUCUUUUAAUUGUUUUCAAAAUUAAAAUGUUUGUAGCACUUAUAACAUGUCAUUUUUUUGGGGGGGAAACAACCAUUGCUUUACAGAUUUGUUUAUAUAAAUUAGUCAGAAAGUAUAAGCCCAGUUUUAAAAAAAUGGUCUUUUCAGGUAUUGGUCAACAAGAAUUUAUUAACUAUCUACUCUGUGUUAGUGAUUGAGUUACAUGCUUAAGAUACUGUUCUCCCACCCUCCACAAAAGACAGAAGAAAAUAAACAAGCCCUCCUCUCAAGGAGAGUGCAUUCUAAGGAGAGGGGUGGGUGUGAUAAUAUGUAAGUUAAUAACAACAAAAAAAGGUUUACAAAAAAACAAGAAGAUUAACAGCUGUGGAAAUAGGUUAACCUUUCUCUUUAUGUUGUUAAAUAUAAUUUCUUCUUCCAUUUCUUGUGAAUUAGACCAAAUAUAUAAAUAGGUAACCAGAUAUUAUAAACAUUUGUAUAUGUAUAGCUUUGUGUAAGAUUUCUAUUUGUAUUAGCAAAUUGAGAUGAACUUAGGAAGAUAAAUCUCGUAUUUCAACAGUUUUUGACAUGGCUUCAAAAGUAAAAUCUAUAAAUCUAGAUCUAUACAUUUCAUUAUCCCAAAUGACACUAGAAAGGAAAUGGCUGCCCAAUAAUUUGGUUUUAGUGGCCACUGGAUUUUAUGCUUCUUUUAAUUUAGCAUUAGAAAAUCAGUAGUAUAUAGUGGAUGGAGACCUAACUGUAGAGUACUUGGUUGAACUUGGUUCACUUUCUGUCUUGACAUCUAGUAAUUCUGUGACCAUGAGUAAGUUAAUUACCUAAGCUAUUGGAGAACCAAGCUACUCAAAUGUCAAUCAAUCAAGCAACUUUUAUUAAACACUUACUAUAUAUCAGGCACUGUGCAAGUUACUAAGAAUACAGAUAGCAAAAAUUAAAAAGUCUCUAUACACUAUGAGAGUAUAUUAAAACUAUGAAGUUGUGAAUUUUCAUUGUUAAAGUAUUUCCAUAUGAAGAGUUUCUAACACUAAUGAAAUCACAGGUUUGGACAAUUAAUAUCAGUGAUGAGCAUCUGGCAUCAUUGGGUAAAUGUGGUAUUCUGAUUAAUCGUGCCUUUUAAUAAAUAAUUGCCAAAUUAACCAUGGAUUUAGAAUAUAAUUUCUCAUCUAUAGUAGAUAGAUAAUGUGGUAGUAUAUUGAUAAGGGCUCUGUAUGGAUAGACCCAGGGCUUGAAUCCUUAUUCGUCAUUUAUUUCUUGUGAAUCUCUGGAUAAAUAACUUCUCUGGCUUCAGUUUCUCAUUUGUAAGAUGAAGGAUUUGGACAAGUUGACUUGUGAGGUCAUUUCUAGCUCUCACUUUAUGGUUUUCUAAUAUCAAAAUCCAUUACUACUCUACAUACUAGAAAUUAUGAAAGUCUAUAAAAUUGUGAUAAAGCAAAUAUAACACUAAAAUUGUAUUGAAAGCAAUUUAAUUCUCUGAGAAUUUAGAAGGAAUCUUAGGAUCUUGCCAUGUCUCCAUAUGAUGCUUAAUUCAUAUUUUACUAUAGAUGUUCUGAAGUGCCUAUUAAUAAUUUUAAUUUAUAGAGUGUGCCAUGUAACUGAGGUUGCUACUUAGAAAUUGAUUUAUCAUUUAUUGAGUCUAUUUGCCUUUAAUAUGCUAACAAGUAAAAAUACAAAAACCUUUAUAUUAUUGCUAUGUAAA